UAUCAUAAAAUGGAAAUACUCAAGUAAAGUACAAGUACCUCAAAAGUGUACUUAAGUACAGUGCUUGAGUAAAUGUACAUCGUUACUUUCCAACACUGCUAUUUUGUUGCUUUCUUACCAUGGCCGAAAUCUAAAAAGCUUUGCUAGCUCCCACUUUCCAAAUGGAACACAAAUUUAAAAAGGUACCCUGUGGAGUUUCUGACUGCUAGUAGCGCUAUGAAGCGCAAUGUCUUUCUGAGUGGGUCCCAGUUACGAGGACGCACUUGCAUGAGAGCAUGCGGGCGACACAUUCCUGCCACCGGUUUCACACUGUUCCACUGAUCAACAGUUGGUGGUGGUAAUGUGCAAAGUAGCAUAGCAAUGCACCAACAAAGCAGUGAAGGUGAAUACUGCUAGCUAGAAAACAUGUAUGUAAACAUUGCCUGAUUUGAAAUAUCUUACAAAUCUGCUUUACAAAUGUUUUAUGGGGAUGGAAAUGCAUUCAACACAACUGUACAAUGGGUCCAGGAUCACCAUAGUUCAUAUUUCUUUACACAGAGAGAGGAGAAUUCAUAUUUUGAUUUUAAAGUGGUCAAGGCAGUGGUAUGUAGGUAAACAUAUUUGUAAUUUCAUAUUAACACGGUGUGUGUGUUUUAAGGAAAAUACAGACAGGCAAUCCACAAUAAGUUCUGCAGUCUCACAGCAUGCUGGUUAAACACGAGGGAGGCUCUUAAACGCAGACUUUCUCCGUUUUUCUAUGUAAUUUACCAAAUGACAUCACCAACAUCUGUUUUUCCACUCUGGACUGAAUUUCUCAUCCGUGCACUCCAACUACGUUCUCAGUCACUUUGCUUUGGAAGUAGCGAAGAAGUAGCACAGAGAUCACUCCUCAUUUAUACAAAUAGGAUGUUUCUCCUGUUCUUCAUCCUCUGCCUGAUGGCUCCUACUGGCUACAGUCAGCUCCAAGGUCCUCCGGGUCCCAAAGGUGACAUCGGACAUCCUGGGCCACCUGGGCCUAUUGGGCCAAAAGGAAUUUCUGGACGUCGUGGAGAGCGUGGACAUCCUGGAUUUCCUGGACCUCCUGGACUUGCUGGAAUCUGUCGACGAGAUGUCUUUGGCUCCAUUAACCAGGACCUUGAGACCUUAAAGAACAGCCUUGCUAAAUUAGAGCUGGCUACAAACUAUGACUUUGCCCGGAGGGUUGGUCAGAAAUACUUUGUGUCCUACAAGGAGAGAGACUCUUUCUCCAGGGCUGUCGAGUUCUGCUCCCAACGAGGCUUAGAGCUGGCUUUGCCCCAGAACGAGGAGGAGAACAGCGUACUGACUCAAGCGUUUGGGGACGUUUACAAAACGGCCUGGAUCAACGUCAACAAUCAAAAAGCAGAGGGGAAUUUUGAGACAGAUCUGGAAAACCAACCUCUGACUUUUACCAAAUGGGGAGGAGGGCAGCCAGACAAAUCCAUCCAGGAUACAGGCUGCACCAUGCUGUCAGAAAACGGUGUUUGGAGAGUGACACACGAAUGCUCCUUAAAUGCUUACAUCAUUUGUCAGAUAUAGAAAGUUCUUAUAUUCCAGAUUAGGAAUCAUUGCUCUUAGAAAUAUUUACUUUCACAUGUUACAGUUUCCCUAAACCAUUAUGUUAGAUCUUAGUCCCAGAAACCUAUAAGUGCAUCAUCAGCAUGACAUUAUUACUGUUGCAAAGACAUAUUCCUAUAUGAAAAAGAAUUAAAGUACAGGAUUAAAGGAAGGAUAUUAUACAUAUAUAAGAACAAACAAUGCUUGCUGAGAGUGUAUGCCACAAUAAAGUGUACAGCAGUUAGCUAGCCUAGCUGCUUAGCUAUUUUAUCAGUUGAAAAAGUGAGUUAGAAAGUUUAAAGGAUUGGUAAAAUGAUUAUGUGGAUGUUAACAAAAGCAGCAGAAAAUUGACAACACUGACAAUAACCGACCUGACUUAGAGUAGGGUUUUCUCAAUGAUUUCUGACACUGUGUGUGUUUUUGUCACAACAUCAGAGAUUCACACUGACCAUGCUUUACAUAUUUACCACAGAUACUGAGGGUACUUUCAAACUAUCCAGCAGAGUGCAGUGUUUUUUUCCACAUUUGCCACUUGAACAUGAUACAUCCGUAACCAGUACUUGUACAAAGUUGGUUGUUUUCAUUACAAAUAUUUUAAGCCAAACAUACCUUUUUAUCAUUCACUUUUCUCUGCUUUACUGUUGUUAUCAGUUUAUAGGUCUUCCACAUCUAUAAAUCCAUCCUAUUAUGCCCUCUGGAUAUCAGAUCCCAGAUGAAACACAAGACACCAUGACACUGAAUUCUGAUAACUGAACUAAAAUUAAAGUCAUGAAUUAUUUCCAACUAGGAAUACAGGAUUAAAUAAGAUCUUUGCAGCAGGGGAGAUUUAAACCAGUCAUAGGCCCAUGGGCUAUGCUAAACCUUCCACCCAUCUGCCACCACAACCGCCUUAACAAAACAAAUGUAAAAGGUAUGAAAUCACUUGUGUUCUGUCUUUGUUGCCUCUGUCAGAGGUUGUGCAUAAUUUCUGAUGGACAUUUGCAUGUAUAAACAUUAUAUUUUUAUGAUUGCUUAAUAUUCUUUAUAAGUUUUAUUUUAUCUGCCACUAUUAUGCAAGUUCCUAUGUGAGGACUUUUAUUUUGACGUGCUUCCACGAGCACCGCACAUUGGGUAAUAGGAAAUAGCGAGCUUAUGGUGUAGCCAACGCUUAACAUAUGUUUUUGUUGCAUCUGAUUCGAUCAUCCUUCUAAAUCCUGUCGAAAGCGAUGGCUGUAAGUUUAUUUGGAUCAGCCAUCUGUUUAAUAUAUGUUGCAAGAGUUUAACGUGACAUAAUCAAAGAUGUUUAUGUUUUUGGCGAUCGGUGCUAACGUGAUGUAUUGAUAACGCUUCUAACCCGAGUUAGCGAUGUAUCUAUAUACAUAUCACUUUUUGCACUGUUAAUAAGCAUAAUUUCAUUUUGAUUGUAAUAAUUUCUCCUUGUUUCUUUUAUUUAAUUUACAGUUUUACUCGGUUCAGUGGCUGUUGAGAUUGCCUGUGUAAACCACACAAUGGAAUAUUAAAGGAGCAAGGCGCUCAUACCCUGGCUCUUGAACAGAA